GCUCAAUGAACCAUUGUGCACCGCGGGCUCUAGCGUGGAAAUAAGCUUCACGUUAUGUAAGAGUCCUGAACAAUCACCCAAACGAAGAUGGAUCUCAAUCAUGGCGGCGCUGUUGUGAGAGAGGAAUAUCAAGAAAUUCGUAGUGUUUUUAGCACAGGAAGAGACCAUUCUGGCGUUUCAGCUGUCCUUUUUGAUCCUCUUGAAGAAUUGGUUUGGACGGGGAAUCAAUCGGGCUAUUUGGCCUCUUACUUUGGACCAGAACUUCAAAAGUACACCUCAUUCAAAGUUCAUCAUGAAGAAAUCCGUGAUGUGACAGCCAAUGAUCAUGGAGUACUUUCUCUCACAAGUAAUGAACUCUGCUACUCAGCUCGUGCGGGACUUCGACUCUUUAGCCUCAGUGGCUCAGAGCUGUCAGACUUACAGUGUAUGCUACAGAGGGACGAGGCUCACUUGUGGGUGGCUGGACAUCAGGGCUUGAUGUUAGAAGUUGACUUGAAAAAAGGAGUGGUCAGCAAUAAGACUGAAGUGGAUCCUGGCACUGUUGUUAUGAAGCAAUCAAAUCGGUAUCUUUGCUGUGGAGAUACAGCAGGCAAGGUGCGACUAAGAGAUCCUUCAUCCCUCAAGUGUGAGCAAGUCCUAGAGGCACAUACAGGCACCUUGUCAGAUUUUGAUGUAUCAGGAAAUCUUUUGGUCACUUGUGGAUUUUGUUCAAGGAUGGGACAUUUGGCAAUAGAUAGAUUCCUGAUGGUGUAUGAUCUCAGAACUCUGAGAGCACUCCCUCUCCAGGUUGCCAUUGAUCCACUGAUGUUAAAAUUUGUACCUGCAUUUACAUCAAGAGUAGCUGUAGUUUCUCAGAGUGGUCAGUUCCAGCUUCAUGAGCCAGGUGGUCUGGUCACGCAGUCAUCAAUGAUGGUGUAUCAUGUGAACACUCACGGCACCUUAUGCACAACUUUUGACAUUUCUGCUACCUGCCAGGCCAUGGUAUUUGGAGAUGCAGGAGGUAAUACACAUCUCUGGGGAGACACCCAGGAAAAAGAAGUAACAUACAACGUAUACUCAAGGCCUACAGAGUUUGCACAUCCAAUCCCUCAUCUUCCUCCACUGGCCAUUGAUGAUUACUCAGUCCCGUUAUCUUCUUUUCCUCUUCCAAUGCCCAAUGGGCCGCUUCUUUCUGACUGGCCAGAAGAAAAUAUGAUGGCUGCAGACAGACCUACUCCCGCAAUUGAACCUGAAAUCCUCCGCACUAUGGUUGUUAGGCAUUUCAUUGGCUAUGCACCAAACCCCGGUAACAGAAAACGAAAUCAGGUAGCAUACCCUCUUAAAGAUGCCACGAUGAUCACUCCUGAGGAAGAAAAUACUGUUCCAGAUUCUCCCAUGAACCGAGAGGAUGACCCUGGAAGUGUUAUUCCAAAACAUUAUAGAAGAGUAGAGAUCAAAUACUCUAAACUUGGUGUUGAGGACUUUGAUUUCAAGCACUACAACAGAACAUUAUUUGCUGGCUUAGAAACACACAUUCCUAACGCUUACUGUAAUGCUAUGCUACAGCUGUUUUAUUUUAUCGAGCCGCUGAGAGUUGGCAUGCAAAAUCACUUGUGCCAUCGUGAAUUUUGCCUGGCCUGUGAGCUUGGCUUCUUGUUUCACAUGUUGGACAUGUCAUCUGGACAAACUUGUCAGGCCAACAACUUUCUUCGAGCUUUCCGCACCAUUCCUGAGGCAGCAGCGCUUGGUUUAGUCUUGAACGAUGUUGAUGAAUCAUUCGGAAAUGCUAACUUUCCUCGCUUGAUACAGAGUUGGUUUAGAUUCGUUCUUCAACAAAUGCACCAGGACACUCUUGAACCACCUGCUAAUGCGGAAGGAGUAAGGGAAGAGAAACAAAAUCCGUCCAGCAAAUCGCAGCAGUCUUCCAUAAUCCAUCGCCUGUUUGGUUCAAAUGUGCAGCUGCUGAGUCGCUGUCGUUGUGGUAAAGAGUCCAAAAGGGAUUCCACCACAUUGCUCUUCAAUCUAGAAUACCCUGAAGUGUCUGACGAAAAACAACUGGGUCCUGUGAGCUUCGAGUCCGUGUUGUUAUCGAGUUUGUGCCGAGAACAAAGCAUGCAAGCUUGGUGUGAGCAGUGUUCCAGAUACCAGCCUACAGUUCAAAUUCGUAAAGUUAAGAAGCUACCAGAUAUCUUAGCAUUCAACUGUGGCAUGGAACACACGAAAGAAGUUGACUUUUGGAGAUUGCAACAGCAGUUGCUAGAUCCGCCAAAACCUGAAGAGAAACCCACAGUCGUUCCAUCAUCCGGUCGUGCUUGUAGAUAUGGCAAUGCUUGUACCAGACCUGACUGCAAAUUCAGACAUGACAGAGACGCUGCUUCAGAGGACGGACGUUCGGAGGUCAAUACCGAAGAGGAGGAAGUAACUGGUUGGAUUCCAUUAUCAAUAAAGAUAUCUUUUGAUUCUGGUGAAAUACAAGUGACCAAGAUUGAUGAGAAUCAGAAGGUAAAAUGUUCAGAGAACGAGAUCGUGUAUGACUUGCUAGCUACUGUGGGCCAUGUACAGGACUUUAAGUCUGGUGGAAACUUAGUGGCGCACAUACAUGUUGGAACAACCUACCACAGCAGAAAGGAGGGCGUCACAUGCAGCCAGUGGUACCUUUUCAACGAUUUUGCUAUCACUCCCAUAUCACCGAGCGAUGCGGUUCAUUUUUCGCUGGAUUGGAAACUCCCGUGUGCCGUUGUGUUCACACGAAGAGACAUCAACAGUCGUCACGAUACCACAAGUAAGCAGACAUGACCCAAUCUGUAUCUAAAAGUUAAAUAAUACAGCAUUUUUGAUUGAAGAUUACCGUUCAAUAGCUAUAGUUGGAUGAAUGGUUGUGUCGCUCGAAAGGAUCUUUGCCAAGUACAUACAAUUUUGAGAGCUGAACGGUGCUGCUUGCUAGACGUAGCUCCUAUCGUAACAACCGGAGACAGCAAAACGAAGGGCACAAUUUAGCAUGCGCUGUAGUUUCUCUUCAUCGGAAUUAACUCACACGCUUCUUAAAAUAACAUAAAGGUCUAGAAUACUGAUCUACAUUGAAAAUCAAGAUCAAAGGAGGAAAUAUAUCAAAAUAUGAUUCGCGGCGAAAACUAAUAAACUAACCCAAUAGGGACCUUACGCAAAACACGACGGCGACGGCAACGAGAACGUCACUAAACAAAAGGUUUAAU